AUGCCCCUACCUCUUGCUGUGGCGGUUCCGGCCACAGCUGCAGCAUUCGCCUACGCCAAUGCCAGAACCUCUCUCUGGUACGACUACCUUCUUUUCAAAUCAGCAUUCAAGUCAGCCAGCCGAGUCUUCCUCCGCCAAUACCGCGGCAAUCUAUCCGUCUUCCACAUCCUCGAGGAACGGGCCAAGCACUCUUCCACAGCCAACAAGGACCUGCUCGUUUUCGAAGGCCGCCACCACACGUAUGCCCAAGUUUACGACAAAGCUUUGCGCUACGGAACCUGGCUGCGAAGCAAUUUCGGCAUCAAGCCAAAAGAUGUGGUGGCCAUGAACUUUGAGAACUCGGAUAUCUUCAUCUUCGUAUGGCUCGGACUGUGGAGCAUUGGUGCCAAGCCAGCCUUUAUCAAUUAUAACCUGACGGGCAAACCGUUGGCGCACUGCGUCAAGGCGUCCGGAUCCAAGAUUUGUCUUGUCGAUCCCAACGUGGCCGCCAACUUGACGCAAGAUGUACAGUCCGCCCUCAGUGACGUCAAAUUUGUCUUCUUUACGCGCGAACUGGAAGCCCAGGCGUCCGCCACGGCCCCCGUUCGCGUGCCGGACUCGGAUCUGGUCGAGGAUGACUUGUCCAACCUGGCUAUCCUGAUUUACACCUCUGGAACCACGGGCUUACCCAAACCUGCCGUAGUCUCGUGGGCAAAGAUUAUCGCGGGAGGCACGAUUGUAGAGACGCUUCUCGCUCGCGGAGGCAAAGACAUCAUGUACACGUCCAUGCCACUCUAUCACUCCGCAGCGUCCGUGCUGUCGUUUUGUUCCACCAUGCUAGCAGGCAGCACACAGGCCAUCGGGCGCAAAUUUUCCACCAAGGUAUUCUGGACCGAAGUGCGAGAAUCCAACGCCACUAUAAUUCAGUAUGUCGGCGAGACGUUGCGCUACCUGCUUGCCGCACCGCCCCAAUACGAUGCCGGCACCGGCGAAUGCAUGGACAAGAAGCACAAGGUCACAGCGGCGUUUGGCAACGGUCUCCGCCCCGACAUCUGGAACCAGUUCAAGGACCGAUUUGGGGUGGACACCAUACUCGAGUUUUAUGCCGCCACGGAAGGGCCGUUUGGCGUGUGGAAUCUCAGCCGCAACGACCACACGGCGGGUGCGAUUGGCCGCAGUGGCCUCCUCUAUGGCGGCUUGCAGUCGCUGAGCCUCUCGGUCGUGGAGGUGGACUGGGCGACGGACCUGCCCAAGCGCGAUGCCGAGACGGGUUUCUGCACCAAGGUCAAGCCCGGUGCGCCCGGCGAGCUCAUUUGCAAACUGGACCCGGACAACGUCUCGAAGCGGUUCCAGGGAUACUACGGCAACGAGGGUGCGACCUCGUCCAAGAUCGUCCGCGGCGUGUUCAAACCGGGCGACGCCUGGUUCCGCACAGGCGACGUGACCCGGUGGGACGCAGAAGGCCGCAUUUACUUCGUGGACCGCAUCGGCGACACGUUCCGCUGGAAGUCGGAGAACGUGUCGACGGCCGAGGUCAGCGAAGCCGUCGGCCGCCACCCGUCGGUCCGCGAGGCCAACGUCUACGGCGUCGAGCUGCCACACCACGACGGCCGCGCCGGCUGCGUCGCCAUCGCCUUUGACAAGACGCCCGACCAGACCGUCCUCCGCAGCCUGGCAUCCCACGUCAAGUCUUCGCUGCCGCGCUACGCGCAGCCGCUGUUCCUCCGCGUCCUCGACGACGUCGGCGGCGCGGCCCAAACCACGGGCACCAUGAAGCAGCAGAAGCACCUCCUGCGCCUGGCCGGCGUCAAGCCCGGCAACAGCACAGCCCAAGGCGAACUGUACUGGCUCCACGGGGACACGUACGUCCCGUUCCAGGACGCCCAAUGGCGAGAGCUCGAGGCCGGCCGAGUCAAGCUCUAG